UAUGAUUAUUUGAUAGGUGUUAAUGACAUUUAUGUUGUAAACAUUUCGCUAGGUUAUUUUUCUUAAUAUAUUAACAAAAAUAAGAAAAAUGGAUUAACGUUUAACUUUAAAUGAGACGAUUCGAAUAAAAAUGGCACUUUUUAAAUGCCUUAGACUAUAUACCCCUCAGAAAUAUCACCUUCCUAUGAUAACAUGCAAAAUCACUGAAUCAAAUUUAUUAAAAAGUUCAACUAUUAUAAAUAAAAUACCACAACGCCAACUCUUUUGGGAGAGAGAUAGAAAGGGUGGUUACAAUAGUAAUGAAAAAAUAAGUAAAAUCAAACUCAUAAAAGAUGGAUUCAGAGAACUAAAGAGUGAAUUCAAAAUGUUGGGUCAAGAAAUGAAAGAGUUUAUUGCAGCCGAUCCCUUACUCAUUGCAAGACCUGGCGAAACAGAUCUCAUAUGGUGUUUUAACGAGCCUAGUGUCUUAAACAACUUCGUUACAACUUGUGAUAGUGACCACAAUGAGGGAUACAGUUCUUGUGGUUUCGACAUGAGUCCAGCAGGUAGAGCUCUAUUUCAUGGAUACCUUGACACGAGGGUGCCAAAAGAUGGUCGAGUUAAAAAAGCUGGCUACUGCGCUUUUCGCUCCAAAAGAAUAAGGAAAUCAUUUAAAAGGGAAGCCACCUAUAAUUGGAAUUUAUAUAACACUAUCGUCCUGAAAGUAAGAGGCGAUGGAAGAUCGUAUUUAUUAAAUAUCUCUUGCGAGGGUUAUUACGAUAUCACGUGGAACGAUAUUUACCAUUAUGCUUUAUACACUAGAGGAGGGCCUUACUGGCAAAUUGCUAAGAUUCCGUUUUCUAAAUUCAUUUUAGGAUCAAAAGGUAGAAUACAAGAUAAACAAACGAGAAUGCGAUUAGACAAAGUGACUCAUUUUGGUAUAUCUUGUGGAGACAAGAUCAACGGUGUCUUCAAUCUUGAAAUAGAAUAUAUUGGUCUAGAAUAUGAUCCAACACAUGACGAAGAUUUUGCUUAUGAAAUGUACAAGACAGAUAGAUAUAUAGUUGGGGUAUAGAAAAAUAAAGUGUAAUAUCUGUUAAACUAAUUUAUAAUAACAAAUUACAUUUAGUGUAAUAUUUAA